AUGCCAUCUGUGACGUCUUUUUCUGCAAAAGAAGCCACAGAAACACUCAACUCGAGCGCCUCAGCGGCCAACAACGAGGACGGAGAUCUUGCCUCCUUAGAUCCGCUUAUUUCCUCUAUUUUGCAUGCAUUAGCAGCAUUCGGCCAUGGAGUUUCAAACUUAGCAGCGAAAAAUGCUCGAAGUGAUGCGCUGGAAGAGCGGCAGAGCGCAGGCGGGACGCCGCCAGCUGCAGCUCCGGUCGCUCCUCAGAGCAGCACCACCAGCAACAGCAGCAACAGCCGCAGCAGCAGCAGCAGCAGCAGCAAUGACAGCGGCAGCAGCAAGAGCUGCAGCAGGAACAGCAGCAACAGCAGCAGUUUGAAUGGAUGUGGGAGCGCGGAAGUGUUUAGACGUUUUUGUGAAGCUGUUUCUGCUUCAAGUUUGCCCUUGACCCAUUUGCAAUUGCCCCUUGAGACAGCAGCAGCAGCAGCAGCAGCAGCAGCAGCAGCAAGAACAACAACAGCAACAGCAGCUGCAUGCAGCGCUUCUUCUCCCUUUGCUGCUAACCCCACACUUUCCUUCUCCUCUUCAGAUCCUCUCGCCUUUGCAGCAGCGCUGCACCAACUCCAUGCGCUGCUGCUGCAGCUGCUGGCCCCUCCCGCGGAGACAACCUCAGCAGCAGCAGCACCAACAGCAGCAGCAGCAGCAGCAGCAGCGCCCUACUCAAGGCAAGAAAACAAAUCAGCAGCAGACGACCCGCUGCUGCUGCUACUCUCCUCCUGGUGGCUUCUAUGCGACAAGGCAGAUGCUGCUAUCCGCACCGUUAAUCCAGCCUGCUGUAUGCAGUGGCAGGAAGCAGCAGCAGCUCCCAGCAGCAGCAGCAGCAGCAGCAGCAAUGGCCGCACCCCACAAGCAGUAGCAGAUGAGGGAUUCUACUCGGGGGAAGAAGAUGGCAUAGAAAAUCCUGCUGCUGCUGCUGCUGCUGCUGCUGCUGCAGGGAUCGGAUUUGGUGCAGCCUCUGUUGCUGCCCCAGCAGCAGCCGCUGCUGCAGCUGCAGCAGCAGCAGAAGCAGCAGCAGCAGAAGCAGCAGCAGUAGGAACAGCAACAACUCCUCCCUCAGGGGGAUGCCGUAGCAGCAGAAGGAGUAUGUACUCUUUCCGGCGUUUGCUUAGUGGGGGCGGAUCCUUAUCUUUGUCACGUGUGGGGAUCCGGGAUCGGGAUCGGGAUCGGGAUCGUGGGGAUCCUGGGAUCGUAGACGAUCCCCAGUCGAUCCCAUCUUGCGUGCUGCUAGCACUAUCCAGGUGUCAAUGCAUUGUUUAUAUCCGCGGGUUUAUUGCAAGUUUGCUUCCUUCUCUUCUUUGGUCUUAUCUUACGCGCUGCAUGCACUCAAUAGACCAGCAGCCCCUGCCGCACCUGCUGCUGCUGCUGCUGCAGCUGGCCCAGCAGCAGCAACAGCAGCAGCAGCAGCAGCAGGCCCCGGCUCCUGACGCAGCCCCACUCCCAACAAGCACAGCGGCAGCAACAGCAACAGCAGCAACAGCAACAACGCAGCAGCAGCAACAAUCCGCUGGCUCCUUCUAUCCUCAGCUGCGCAGUUUGCUGCUGCAGAGCAGCAGCGAAGACUGCUUCAGCAACCCUGCAGGCCUAGAGGAUCUGCUGCUGCUGCUCGCCAACAGCAACAACAACAGCAGCAGCAGCAGCAACAGCAGCAGCAGCAGCAACAGAGCUUCCUCUAUCAAGCGCAGCAAGGACAGAGAUACAGGUUCCUUUGGGGCUGCUGUUGCUGCUGCUUCUUCGCUUCCUGAUUCUCUUAGACUCGAGGAUGUCUCUGCUGGGGGGGGCCGCAACAGCAGCAGCAGCAGCAGCAGCAGCAGCAACUCCUUUCUACAGUAUCUGUCGGUCUUUGAGGGGGGCAGCAGCUGCUGCAAGCUACUGCUGCAGCAGCAGCAGCGCAGCGCCCAGGCGCUGCAGCAGCUGCUGCAGCAGCCCGAGACCGGGAGAGCUGCCUCAACACAGCAGCAGGUGGAGAAAGAAGUUUUGGUUGCUGCUGGUGCUGCUGCUGCUGCUGCUAAGAGAAAAGACACAGAGGGAUCGCAGCAGCUGCUCCUGCUGCAUCGGGGCCCCACGCCUGCUGUUGCAUGCAUGACAACUGAAGCGCUGCAGCAGCUCUGUUUGCGAAUUCUUAAUUGCUUCUCCUUCUAUGCAUGCGCAUGCAGCAGCAUCGAGGCGAGCGUUGCUGCUGCAGCAAACUUUGCAGAAGCUGCUGCUGCUGCCCCUGCUGCUGCUGCUGCUGCUCCUGCUGCGUCGCACAGGGGCAAGGAGGGGGUUGAAAGCUGGAACAAUGGCGCUGCUGCUGCUGCCCCUGAUGCUGCUGCUGCUGCUGUUUGGGCGCAGCAGGCACUGCAGCAGCAGCAGCUGCUGCUGCUCAGCCCCGACAAUCACUCUGCCCUAAUAGCAGCAAAAUUUGCUGAGGCUGUAGCGGACCCUCAAGGUUUUAAACCUCUCACCACAGAUAUCCUGAUGCCGCAGCCCCUGCAGCAGCUGCUGCAGCAGCAGCAACAGCAGCAGCAGCAGCAGGGAUUUGAGUUGUCUGCUGAAGGCGAUGGCUGGGCCAGCCGUCUAGCUGAUGAGGCAUUGCUGCCGUUCGGGUGUAUGUACACCGCAGAGGGAAGCAAAAGGGACACCUUAACAUCGUCAGAGCAGCAGCAGCAGCAAGCGGAAGACGCUGCUGCUUAUGCUGCUGCUGCAGCAAGCAGGCGUGCAGAGGAGCUGCUGCUGCAGCUGAACGUACACCCCGACAGCAGCAACUGGGUUUACCUCCCUGUAGGGGAGCAGCUAAUGCUACAGCUUAGCAGAACCAUCGGCUCUUUGCUGCAUGCAUGCAGCAACAACGGCAGCAGCAGCUUGUGCAGCUGGGUCCCUGCAGCAGCAGCAACAGCAGCAACGGAGCUCCCAGAAACAAAGACAGAAAAAGGAGAAGCAGCAGCAGCAAAAGCAGCAGCAGACGGGGAAUCUGAGCUGCUGCUUACUGCACAAGAUGCUGCUAUAGCAGAUGAACAGGUCCUCGUCCUUCUAGAUAAGGCCAAAGCUGCAGCUGCUGCAGCAGCAAACAGCAGCAGCAGCAGCAGCAGCAGCUGGCAGCAAAAACAGGAUGCGCACCUUGGGGGUUGUAGUGCGACCGCAGCAAUGCUGCCUACUGCAGCAGGGGAGCAGCACUUGCUGCUGCUGCUGCUGCUGCAUCAGUGCUGCGACUUCGGGCUUAAGUUGCUGCUUUCUUCGUUCGCCUGGUAG